AUGGAUAUCGAAGAUAACAAUGAAAUUCCGGAUGUUGCAGAUCAAAAUAAAAAUGAGGAUAUUCCAAACGUAGGUAGCAGCAUAUUGACGAAGAAAGAAAGAGGACAAAGAAAAGCGACUGAUAAAAUGGUUUUGGACACAAAGAAUAUUUUAACUGAACUGAAAGUGAAAGAUAUGGUCACUAUAGCCAUUCCAAAAGUGGAUCGCGGUCCACUGGAUACAAAAAACAUAAUAGGAACCAUUUUGAGGGUUAAAGAUUGCAGUCGUAUUACGGGAAUGGGAUCAGAAUUCGAUGACGAUAAUUUACUUAAGGCAGUUGAAAAUAAUGAAAUUAACGAAAAUGAUAUUAUCGAAAUUCAAGAGGAAGCGGGUUCUUCAAAAAUAAAGGUGCCACAAAAAUUAAACUAG